CUGGCCACCUAUCUGACCAGCAUACUACCAAAAUGUCGGCCUCAUUAGCACCAGAAUGCAAUGAAGUGAAAGAACGCUACGACAACUGUUUCCUCAAAUGGUACAGCGAGAAGUUUCUUAGAGGUACCGCUACUACCGACGAGUGCAAGCCGAUAUUCGAGCAGUAUGAGAAAUGCCUUUCAAAAGCUCUAAACGAGCGAGGUAUUGAUAAAAUGCUCAAGGAAGUUCGAGACGACAAUAAGGAAAACGAUGCGGAGCACAUGAAGCCGAAUCGAUGAAGUCAACUUCCAGUCAUGCAUUCUCCUCCAUACAGCCUUGGAAUGGUCCCAUUUGUACAAUUAGUCGGCAAUUAUAGUCCCAUGUGUUCUACUUCCAGUUGCAUCAGCAAAGGAUUACAAAUAACAAAAAUCUCCGUAUCAUCACUACCAUAUAUACCACUCACAUGUACUAUACUCUCUAAACUAUUUGAUUUCCCU